AUGGUUUACGCAUAUGGUUUACGUUCCUUCAUAAUCCAACGUAUCGCAACUAAAUCCUGUUCUCUGGAUCCACUCCCGGUGGUCAUGCUAAAUCACUGUUUUAAAGACAUCUUACCCGUUGUAGCUAGAAUAAUCAACCUCUCCUUGGAAAGUGGUACAAUGCCUGACUCUUUGAAGAUUGCUGUUGUUCAACCGCUAUUAAAAAAGUACAAUCUUUCCUAUGAAGAAUUCUGCAGUUUUCGUCCAAUAUCAAAUCUGAAAUUUGUCUCGAAAUCAAUUGAGAAAGCAGUUGCUGUACAAUUAACUGAUUAUCUUACUGAAAAUCAUCUACAUGAGAAAUUCCAGUCUGCUUAUAAACCUUGUCAUAGUACUGAAACAGCGCUAUUGAGGGUUCAAAAUGAUAUCCUUCAAGCUCUAGAUAACGGUGAUUCUGUUAUUCUUGUCCUACUGGAUCUGUCGGCGGCUUUUGACACCGUGGAUCAUUUAAUUUUAUUAACAAGACUAUCGAAACGCUUUGGCAUAAGGGGUCGUGUGUUGGAUUGGCUUACCUCAUACCUUACAUCCAGGAAACUGUUUAUUCGUGUUGAGGGAACUGAUUCGUUAUUGAGUGAUCUUGUUUGUGGUGUACCUCAGGGAUCUGUGUUGGGUCCUCUGUUGUAUUCACUCUAUACUGCCCCUCUCGCGGAUGUGGCUAGGCGCCACAAUCUGCGCUUUCACUUUUUUUCUGAUGAUGGGCAACUUUACAUUGCAUUCAAAAGGAAUGAUCGUGAUGAUUUAAUAUCAUCUAAGAUCCGUAUGGAGAAAUGUAUACUUGAAUUGGGAAACUGGUUGAUGUUGAAUAAAUUGAAACUAAAUAGUGGCAAAACGGAGCUUAUAUUAGUCCAUUCACGCUAUCAUCUGAUGCCUCCCUUAAAUUAUAUCAUGGUGGGAAAGGAAAAAAUUGUGCCAACUGUUUCAGCAAGAAAUCUGGGGGUGAUUUUUGAUGAGUGGAUCAGAUUGGGCGAACAUAUUAAUGGUAUCUGCAAGUCAGCUUACUACCAUAUUAGGGAUAUUUCAAGAAUUAAGAAGUAUCUACCUCGAAAUUGCUUAGAAAUAAUUAUUCAUGCAUUUAUAACUUCAAGACUGGAUUAUUGUAACUCCCUGUUGUAUGGUGUACCCAAAUAUUUGCUUCAGAAGCUUCAGAGAGUCCAAAAUACUGCAGCUCGUUUACUAACUGAUACUAAGAAAUCGGCGCAUAUCACCCCAGUUCUUAUCGAAUUGCAUUGGUUACCUGUCCAAUACCGUAUUCAAUUCAAGAUUAUACUUCUUGUCUACAAAGCUGUUAAUGAUCUUGCUCCAUCGUAUCUGAAGGAACUUAUGCUGUGUCGUACUUCGCAGCGUACUCUUCGAUCAAAUGGAAAUGAAUUGCUCCAGAUUCCUUAUUCUAGACUAAAGACAUACGGAGACAGAUCGUUCUGUGUUGCUGGACCAAGAUUGUGGAAUGAUUUACCUGUUCAUCUUCGGAUGUGUGAAUCAUUAACCAUUUUUAAGAAGUUUCUUAAAACAUAUCUUUUUAACUUGUUUUUAAAUAGUGUAUGAUGUAUUCUAUAGUUUUAACAUUCUUAACACUAGUUUUAAGAUUGGAUUUUGUAUUACUGUAAAGCGCCUAGAACAGUCUUGGUUUGUGCGCUAUAUAAAUGUUUAUUAUUAUUAUUAUUAUUAUAAUAAAUUAUACUAAAAAUAGCGAAAAUUCCUGUCACUUGAUAAAAAAGCCAAAAUAGAGCCAAAAGGCCAAACAUUUUUUUCAAGGCCAAACAAGAAAUAAAAAAGCCAAAAUCGAGUUAUUUGGCUGCAAAAAGGCCAAGUUACCAACCCUGCACCUUUGUAUGUCCUGAAAUGCCUUGUACCCAGGCGCUUUGGUUUGUUUACGUCAUCAAGCGCAAGUGGGACGGCACGCGAGGGAGAAAAACGGAAAAUAUCGAUCAAAUUAAUCCACGCGGCCCACGCAAGCCAUAGAACAACAUAUAGCGCCUGGGUACGAGGCUGUGUCCCGAAUAGCCUGCGUGGCAGGCUCACUACCUGCCGCGCAGGCUAUGUCCCGAAGGAAAUCUUGAUUCUUGAUCUGGAAUUUUAAAAUUUUUGUGUUGUUAUUUUAAACGCAUGCUAAUUAUCAAUUAACCAAUGAAAUAGCUUCAUUUGUCAUAAAUUAUUCAAAUCAAGCACAGUCCAAUCAGAGGCGGCCCCAAAUCUGGGAACUAUCCACGUGACCUGAACAAGGAUUAUGCAUCCAACUCACAGACGUUCUCUCGCGCGCUUCGUCGAGAGUAAAGCCGGUUUUCCAGAUGGUUCCAGUUGAGAGACCAAAGACAAAUCAAAAAUUCGCUUCGCGCGAAAAAAUUCGCAAGUGGAAAACCGGCUUAACGGUUGUACACAGGCUAUGAAAGACGCGCCUUCGAAACAAAAAAGAUUCUUCAUGCAAAACAAAAAGUUGAAUAGUUUGUGGUCCCAGGGAUAUCCUCAACAACGUUGUCAUUCUGAAUUCAACGUUAAACUCGGAUUUUCACAUCUUUGGAGCGACGUGAAUGCCUUGUUGUGACAUUAGACGACGACUUGUUACGACGUUAAUAAAAUAUACCUCAAAGCACACACCGGAUCGUUUUUCCCAAACUUAGCCGUUUGUAAAGUUAUUUUAAAAAGCUUCAAAUUAUUGCAGUAAUCAAAUUCCUUAGCUCUCGUCCCCUUUUCUAAUCUGUCUAGUGUUUGACGUCGAUACCCGGGUGUGA